AUGGCGGGCGGUAAAGCAAAAGCAAGCGAAAGGAAGGGAGCGAUAAAAGAAGGCCGGAAGCGAUGGGAUAAGGUCGUGGCGAGGAGCAGCAGUGGCGGCAUGGGCGCCUGGGCGUGGCAGAGCGGAGAGGAGGCGGCGAUGGGCGGCGGCAUGGCGUUCAAGGCGCCGGCGCGCAGCGAGCGAGAGCGAGGGCAUGGGCGGCGACAAGAGGGAUUUUCGGAGCAGUCAGUUCUGCCAGUCACAGACUUGACUGAGUGUUUUCAAGGACCAUCAGUGCAGAUUACUCCACGCAUUCCACUGUAUGAUGACAGCAUAUCCUCAAGCAUAUUGGACACAUUGUCAAAUCCGACUGAGGGUGCCCCUCAUGCUGAUCCUUCAAAGAGCAGAAUAAUGCUAGUUGAUGGAACGUCAGUGAUGUACAGAUCCUACUACAAGAUAUUAGCACAGCUGCAGCACGGCCAGUUGGAGCAUGCUGAUGGAAAUGGGGAUUGGGUUUUAACUAUAUUCAAAGCUCUAUCCCUGCUUCUUGACAUGCUGGAGUUCAUUCCAUCUCAUACUGCGGUUGUGUUUGACCACGAUGGAGUUCCAUAUGGUCAUUAUACUGCCAUGCCAUCCAAAGAAUGUCACAUGGCAAAAGGUAAGAGUGUUCCAGGCGUUGAAGCUGAUGAUGUUAUUGGCACCCUGGCUGUAAACAGUGUUUCGGCUGGUUACAAGGUACGGAUUGUCUCUCCUGAUAAAGACUUCUUCCAAAUUUUGUCACCUUCUUUGCGUCUGCUCAGGAUUGCUCCACGCGGAUCAGGGAUGGUUUCAUUUGGAGUUGAAGACUUCGUCAAGCGAUAUGGAGCACUGAAACCCUCGCAGUUUGUUGAUGUUGUUGCACUUUCAGGAGACAAAGCUGACAAUAUACCUGGAGUUGAGGGGAUUGGAGAUAUUAAUGCAGUAAAGCUGAUAACUAAGUUCGGUUCCUUGGAGAAUCUACUGAAAUCCGUGGAUGAAGUUGAGGAUGAACGAAUUAAACAGGCUUUGAUUUCUCACUUGGAACAGGCAAUCCUUUGCAAAAGCCUGGCCACGUUGCGUUCUGAUCUUCCUCAUUAUAUGGUUCCUUUCAAGGCAGCCAACCUUGUAUUUAAGAAGCCACAGGAUGAUGGAGUCAAAUUCAUAAAACUCUUACGAGCAUUGGAAGCAUAUGCAGAAGGCUCCUCAGCAGACCCAAUCAUCAGAAGAGCAACCUAUCUUUGGAACAAACUUAAAUGA